UGUUGUUGUUGACUUUUGGGCGUGUUCCAGGCAGUCACGUGACACACUUAGCAUCUUUCUUUCUUGUCAGCACUUAACAGGAAACUCACAGAACUCGGUCUGAAGCGUUCGUGUGUCCUCUCGUGAUUGACAAGCGUUCUCCUCGGAUGAACCGCGGGCGGUGGUUCCUAUAGGCAGGCGGGCUACGGGGGUGGGGGGGGCAGGUUCUGGGCCAUGAGUGGUGAGGCAGGGCGGUGGCGCGCUGAGAGAGAAUGAGCUGACGUUUUUAUGUAAAUGCAUCCAAAGCGAUGCCUUCUUUCGACCGCUUAAACUGAAAAACAAAUAUUUGUCACUCGCCAUGAAGAGCUACCCGGAGAGCGUCGCCUUCUUGGGGCAGUUCGGACGCUUCCAGCAGGUCGUUUUCUUCCUCCUGUGCGUCAGCAUCGUGCCAAACGGCUUCGGUGCCUUUACGCUCGUCUUCCUGGUCGACACACCAGCUCACCACUGCCGAGUGCCCGAUGUCAAUCUGACGGAGAACUGGCGCAAUGCCGUCAUCCCGUUGCGGGUUGUAAACGGCAAAGAGGUGCGGAACAGCUGCAGCAGGUACCGCCUCGACGUGGUCCGGAACCUCUCAGACCAGGGCUACAGUCCUGAAAGGGAUGUCAACCUCACAACCCUGGAGGAGGAGACGUGCAGGGACGGCUGGAUCUACAGCAAGGAUGUCUACCAGUCCACUAUCGUCACUGAGUUUGACCUGGUGUGCAACGACCAAUGGAAGAAGCCGUUCACCACCACGAUCUUCUUUGUGGGCAUCCUGUGCGGCUCCUUCUUUGCGGGGCAACUCUCAGACAAAUUAGGAAGGAAGCCCAUCCUUUUUGCCACUUUGGCUCUUCAGACCAUCUUCAGCUUCAUUCAGGUCUUCUCCGUGUCCUGGUCUAUGUUCACUGUCCUGCUUGUCAUCAACGGCCUGGGACAAAUGUCCAACUACAUGUCGGCGUUAGUUCUGGGCGCAGAGAUCCUGACGGGCAACGUGCGUCUGCUGUACUCGUCGCUGGGAACCUGUUUCGGUUUUGCUGUCGGCUACAUGAUCCUGCCCGUAUGCGCUUACUUCUUGAGGGAUUGGAAAUCUCUCUUGCUGGCCUUGUCUCUGCCCUGCCUGGUCUUUUUCCCCUUCUGGUGGUUCAUCCCGGAGUCUCCUCGCUGGCUCCUGUGCCAGGGACGAGUGGAAGAAGCCGAGGCCAUCAUGAGGAAGGCGGCGAAGAUGAACAAAGUGCAAGCACCCGAAGUCAUCUUUGAAGACUACUUAAUUGUGAGCAAGCCCACAGAGCCGAAGCCCAAAGAACCGCACAGUAUUCUAGACCUGGUGGGCAAUCUGGAAAUCGGAUUCAUGACGAUGAUUCUCUGCUAUGUGGCGUUCACCAUGUCGGCGGGCUACUACGGCAUCUCCUUCAACACGACACAGUUCCACGCCAACGCAUACGUCAGCUGCUUCAUCUCAGGGGCCGUGGAGCUGCCGGCUUACGUGUCCAGCUGGCUGGCUCUGCGCUACGUGUCGCGCCGGAUGUCCGUCAUCGGCUCCCUGGCGCUGGCCGCCGUGCCGCUCUACUUCAUCCAGUUAGUGCCUGAAGGUUACUCUGGUCUGUCGCUCACUCUGGAAAUGCUGGGAAAAUAUGCCAUCACUACCGGUUUCGGCCUGAUGUUUGCUUAUACCACCGAGCUGUACCCGACGGCGCUGCGAAACACCGCGGCCGGCCUCUGCAAUACGGUAGCUCGGCUGGGAAGCUGCAUCAUGCCAUACCUACUGGAGCUCAGGUCCUACUCACCAUUCCUACCUUACAUCAUACUCGGCAGUCUGGCCGUUUUGGCUGCCUUUGCCACCAUCCUCCUGCCAGAGAGUUUCGGAAAACCUCUGCCUGAAUCCAUCCAACAUAUGCACAAGAGAAACAACAUCAAGUGCCCGUGCUUGCCAAAAGCUGAGACCCCUGUGGCGGUGGUUCUUAUGGAAAACACCAAAUCCUAAAAAAAAGUACUAUGUAAUAAAAUAAUUGUUUAAAAUUGUUACAAAUGUUUACAGGGCUGAUGAUAUUGCAAAAAAAAAAACACAAUGUUAUAUAUUAUGUUUCCCUUUCUGAUAUUUUACUUGGAAUAAUCAUAUCAGGGUGUUUUUUUUUAGUAUCAUUUCUGAAAUAAUAUCAUUGACUUAAAGUGCAGCUGCUGUUUACAUAUGCUAAUACUUUGUGAGCACAAUAUUGCACUGUGAGGCCUGAUUUCAUGAUGCUAUGCGCACAAUUGAACAUCCUAUAAUAUUUUUGUUACUGUUAUAUCAUACUGUCUGUUAGGUCUUGUGUUGUCUUUUUUUACCUUUCUGGACAUGUGUAAUUUUAUAUGUUUUAAUGUUCUUUCCCCAAUGCAAACCAUUCUAAAAACUAAACCAGAAUGGAUUUGUUUUCCUCAGGUGCUGAGAGUUUUAAACGCUAAAUACAAUCAUCUUAUAAACUGCAAACCUGCAGGCACCCAGUUUACAGAUAUACUCGAUGUGACUCGAUGUGACGUUUGAUGUGACAAUAAAGAGAAGCAUUUUUGUUUA